UUAUGUUACAGGGUAAGAAAGGGCCUGUUCCAAAGCCAAAAACAUUCACCAGUAAUGCCUCGAAAGGAAAGGAUCCCAGUAACUCUAAUCCAUCUGUCAGCUCUGAAAAGGUAGAUGAAAAUCCAGACGAUGCCCUAGAAAGGUUCCCAUUGGAACUGCGAUGGUGUUUGCAGCAGCUUGAAGCUACAAUGGAGAAAAAGAAAUCAAACCUCAAGGAAGCUGAAGAUCUUCUUAAGUCCUACAAAAUUCUCUCUGGAACGAAAGCACCAUUGAUCAAGAAGCGACAGCUUAUGAGGUCAUUAUUUGGAGACUAUCGCAAGAAAAUGGCCGAUGAAGAGAAGAAAAUCAAAAUGGCUCCACCAUCUCUGAAAGCAUCUGAUGCUUCUAAGAAGUCAAAAUGUUUAAGACAGAAAGUGAAAUCAGACAAUGACUUGACUGUUAAAGUUGAGAGCUCCGAGACAGAUGUAAUUAUUUCCAAUGAAAACCAAUGCAGUGCUUCGAAAGAAACUAAGUUGGUAUCAAAUCCUUUAGGUUUUAAUAGUGAAAGUGGAAAAACAUUUAGGUUUAAUUUUUCUGUUCCUGAUUAAUGUAAAUACCAUGAGGCUUCUAUUUUUUCUUGCAAAAGGUUACUGUUAUUUCAAGAACUAUUUGUACUUAUUUGUAUAAUCUAUUUCUAAUACUGUCAUUAUUUUAUCUGUUCUCUGAUGUUCAUUGAAUUUUAUGUAAAACUUGAUAUAAGACAGAAUUUCGGAAUUUUAUGAAUGUAAUAAUAAAAAAUAAAGGUUUAAAAGUUG